ACCUCUUGCACCGUGCGGAUAGCAGGAUUCUUGUAGUCCGACAAUGUUGCAAUCCGCCAUCUUAAUAAAACCACACCCUUUUUUUACAUGGGCUCUUAUGGGAGUAUUUUUUCAAAGUGCUUUUUCUCUUACCUGGAUUACAACUUCGACCAAAGAAAAAUAUGGAAAAAUACUACAUCAUUCAGGGCAUAUGGGCAUUGUUUACAUAUGUAGGACCAAAACAUAUUGUCGUGUGUGUGUGUGUGUCAAUUUUACACUGAAACACGAUACGGAAAACAAGUUAAUGUUGCGAAUUGGAGAUUUUGAACUGGAGAUUUUGUUGCAUCUGCCAUUGCUGUGUGAUUGUGAAGACAAAAACGUUCCAUAUGUCAUAUGUGUUUGUCCGUUCAAAGCAAGCACUUGGACGUGCUUGUGGAGUCUCCCGUUCUGUUAUUGCAGCUUGUUCUGUGACUGUACAUGAGGGAUCAUAACCGAAACCACAGAUUCAGUCUUUACAACAAGAAAUUGAAAAACUUCUCGUUUGAUCUCUCUUGAGGGACAAUGCUGUGCUUGAAAAUACAAUUGCCAUUUGGCUGUUCAUUGCCUAACAUCUCAUCUUUUACAUUAAUCUAUCAGGUUCUCCAUUCCAUUUUGUAGAUUUUGAUAUAGAAUGUGCAUUUCAAUCCACAACAAAUAUGUACAGCAUAUCGGAUUGUUGUUAAAACUAUUACAUUCAAGAGUUAACCCAUAGAGUUCCUUCUGUGUGAAUUAUUAGACGUGCACUACUUGUUUAAUACAAUUUUUAAAUGUUUA